GGGGGGGACGGGGGCAGCGGCGGCCGGGCGGGGAAAGCAGGAGGGGCAGCGCCCGGCAACAUGGAGGGAGGCGCGGAGCGGGCCGGCCUCUGAUGCGGCUCUUCCUCCUCCUCCUCCUCCUCCUCCUCCUUCUUCUCCUCCUCCUCCUCCUGCUCGGGGCAGCGGCUCCGGCGGCGCUUCGCUUCCCUCCCGGCGGCGAUGAGCAGGUCGGCGGCGCUUCUCCUCUGCCUGCUGGGCUGCAACGUCUGGAAGGCGGUGACCAAAACCUUAGGGGCGCCCGAGGCGGCUCAAGAAAGAUAGCUGCAGAAGUCAACUUAGCAGACAUCCUUAGAGAAAGGAUCAAAGCUGUGUCAUGUCACACGUUAACCUUCAGCACAGACAAAUCUUUGGGCUUUCAGAGGAUGGGGAAGAUACUCAACUUGUGCAGAAGAUGAGUUGAGGAGUACAGAGAAAGCACAGUGAUGGAGAUGGCACACUGUCCAGAAGUAACGCUGAAGGUCCAUGUAAGCGAUGCCAGCACACAUCAGCCAGUAACUGAAGCCUUCAUUGAGAUUUUUACCAACCAGAUCUCCAUUGCAUCUGGAACCUCAGGAGCAGAUGGCACUGCCUUCCUCAAGUUUCAGUAUAAGUUGGGCAAUCAGCUGAUAGUGACUGCUAGUAAACAUGCAUAUGUGCCAAAUUCUGCACCAUGGAAACCUGUAAGAUUGCCUGUAUUCUCUUCACUGAGUCUUGGCCUUCUUCCUGAACGCUCAGCUACUCUAAUGGUCUAUGAUGAUGUAGUCCAAAUAGUCUCAGGAUUUCAAGGUGCACGGACUCAGCCACAAGUUCACUUUCAGAGAAGAUCUGUGAAAUUACCAGAGAACACUAGCUACAGUGAUUUGACAGCAUAUCUAACUGCAGCCAGUUCACCCUGGGAAGUGGACAGUUUCCCUUAUUUGCAGGGAUUAGAUGGAAAUGGAACAGGAAACAGCACUCGGUAUGACCUCACCCCUGUCACUGCAGUCAGCGUUCACCUUCUCAACAGCGAUGGGACUCCAAUCCCAGUGAAUGGCCCCAUCUAUGUAACAGUGCCUCUGCCAACAAACAGCAACUUGAAGCACAAUGCACACGUUCCAGCGUGGAGGUUUGACCAAAAAUUCGGGACAUGGCUGAAGAGUAGUUUGGGCCUUGUACAACAGGAAGGAAGUCAGUUGACUUGGACUUAUAUUGCACCUCAGCUGGGCUACUGGGUUGCAGCCAUGUCACCUACUAUCCCAGGUCCCGUUGUAACACACGACAUUACCAGCUAUCACACAAUGUUUCUUUUGGCAAUUUUAGGAGGGAUGGCUCUCAUACUUCUAGUCUUGCUGUGUCUCCUUUUGUAUUAUUGCAGAAGAAAAUGUUUAAGACCACGUCAGCAUCACAAGAAACUGCAGCUUUCCACAGCACUGGACACUUCUAAGAAGGAUCAAGCAACUUCUAUGUCCCAUAUAAAUUUGAUAUUUUCACGCCGUGAGUCAGAAUUCCCUGGCGGGCUGUCUGUUGCUAGCAAUGGGCACACCGAAAACUCAGGUGCAAAGGAAUUAAUGAGUGCCAUCCACAUGGAGAUGGUAUCACCUAGUGGAGAAGCAGAUAUGCACACACCUAUGCUCAAACACUCAUUCAGUACUUCCCAGGAGUUCAGCUCCCGAGAGGAACUGCUCUCUGACAAGGAGAAAGACAAGAGCAGGAUUUCCUUGGAUGACCUGACUCCCAGCGGGUCUCUAAGAAAAGACUACCACAAAUCAGCAGAUGGCUUUCCUUUAAAGACAAGAAAAUCUACAGAAACGGCUGAAGGCUACGAGUCCCCAGUCAAAGAGGAAUACAGGAGAAGUUAUAAUGCUAUGUUAUCUCAGCCUUUAUUUGAUAAGCAAGAGAGAGAAAUUCAAGUAUCUAUGAACCAUAUUGCUACUGGAAGUAAAUACAAUGUUCAGGAACAAAUAUACCCCACACCUUCAGCCCCUGAAAAAGAGCUGCUGGACUGCAGACCUACUGAAUGUAUGAUGUCUCGUUCAGUCGAUCACCUCGAAAGACCUACAUCUUUCCCUCGACCAGGUCAGUUAAUCUGCUGCAAUUCUGUUGACCAAGUUAAUGACAGUGUUUACAGAAAAGUUUUGCCUGCGUUGGUGAUCCCAGGUCACUACAUGAAAUUACCGGGAGAACACUCUUAUGUUAGCCAGCCGCUGGUUGUCCCAGCCGACCAGCCAAUUGAUAUAGAAAGACUUCAAGCUGAGCUUCCUAACCCCCACGCACGGCUUUUUCCACACCCCCCACAGCAGCUACAGCCCCAACAGUUGACAGCCCAAGCAAUAUCCCAGCAACAUUUGCAAGAUGCAGGUGCGACUGAGUGGAGCCAACAAAACGCUUCCAUGUCUGAAUCUAUUUCCAUUCCAGCCUCCCUUAAUGAUGCGUCCCUGGCUCAAAUGAAUAGCGAAGUGCAGCUUCUUACAGAAAAGGCUUUGAUGGAAUUAGGAGGUGGAAAGCCAUUGCCUCAUCCUCGAGCCUGGUUUGUUUCUCUAGAUGGACGUUCAAAUGCUCACGUUAGACAUUCGUACAUCGAUCUCCAAAGAGCUGGUAGGAACGGGAGUAACGACGCCAGUUUGGACUCCGGCGUUGACAUGAAUGAACCAAAAUCUGCACGGAAGGGAAGAGGAGAUCAUCUGUCUGCACCACAGAGUCACCCGCCAGUGCAAGAGCACCAGCAGAGAGAGCGGAAGGCUUCAGAUAGCACAGCUUACACACAGCUUGUGUAUUUGGAUGAUAUGGACCAAAGCGGCAGCGAGUGUGGAACAGCGGUCUGUAGCCCUGAGGACAAUGCUCUACGAUGCCUCCUAGAAGGCACUAGUAAGAGGAGUGGUGUGCAGCUGCCCAGCCUGCAGGAGGAGACGAGAACUGUGGAUACCAAACCAGAGCCAUUAACUAGUCCGGAACAUGGAACAUCAGUACAAGAUGAGGAGGAGGAUGAGGAGGAUGAGGAAGACGACCAAGGGGAAGAUAAGAAGAGUCCUUGGCAGAAACGAGAGGAAAGACCACUAAUGACUUUUAAUCUAAAGUGAGCUAUUGUGAAAAUCCACAAUUCAGUGGAGUAUAAAAUUGCCAAAUAUUCUUUCUGUGGAAGUGCUUGAUUUUUUUUUUCUUCUUCUUUUUUUUUUUUUUUUGGUGGAGAGAAAAGAGAAAAACAAACUGUGGUGAGCAACAUUUGAAAGAACUUAAAUGCAUUACUGUGUAAAUGUUAGAAAAAUAAUUAAAAUCAUUCCUCUGAUUAAACGGCUGCCUCCAAUGAGAUAGCUGAACAAAGAGUGUGAUUGUUAUUCCAUAUACUUGAUAUUGGUCAUCCAGGAUGUUGAAAAUACUGACAAAUUGUUUUGGUUGGUUUAUGACCUCAAUCUCCUUAUGAAUGGGAGCUGGUAAAGCUUUUGUUUUGUAGGCCAUUUUUAUGUUGAUAAUGCUACUGAAAGUAUCUUAAAAACAAGAGUUUGACACAUGGUGUCCAAAAUUGUGCAUUAUCUCAAUGAAAGGCUAUGCAUUGCUGCUUUUAGUAAUAUUUUGCUUAUACUAUGCUUUUCUUAAUUUUACAAGUUGGUUGUAAACAUUUUAUGUCCUUUAUUAUAAACUACUCAGCAAUUUAUUUUAAUGUAAAACUGCAGGAAACUUGAGUAGCAUCCCUUAGCAUUGAAGCCUUUUUAUGAAACCAAACUGAACUUUGUGUCGACUACGAUUCCUCCAAUUCUGGUCCCAUUUACUCAAAGUGCCUUUUUUACAGUAACAAUGAACAGUCCCUUCUUUUGCUAACUCCUUUUAAUUGACCCCAUUUGGGAUUUUAUAAACUUCUGAACUUCUACCUUUUAUUUUAAGCUGCAUGCCAAGAGUCCCAUUUUGUGCUGAGCAUUCCUCAUUUCAAUACAGUGUAUUCUGUAGCUAUCAUGUAUAUUGUGGAUUCUGUUUAGCCAGGGUAGACUUAGAAGACAUUUUAAAGGGCCCAGAGUAGGCAAGAAGAUAGUUUCAUUGACUGUAUAUAUUGUUAGUUUCCUCUGGAAUAAUAUGAGCUAAUCAUGCUCAUAAAAUGAAUUAUAGACCGAGCAAAUGGACUGAAUGUGUCUAGAAAAAUUUUUGAAAAAAAAAAUGUACUAUCCAAAAGUGCCAGAAUUAUUCUUCUGUGCUUUCUCCAUACAGAGCUGCUUGGUUAUCCAAAAAUUAUAAUUGAAAAUAAACUGCAAAAAAAAUCUUUGUGGAUUUUUUUCCUCUAUUAGUGGUCAUCACAUUAUUUUAUGUUAUUUAAUGAGCAAAAUACUUUGGUUUUCUCUUCUGCUGUGCAUACUCACAUGUAUAUCACUUACUAGCAAUCAAACUUUCUUAAGCAGUUCUCAUCAACAUCAGCCAAUACGGAAACAUAGACCCCUUUUCAGAAAAGCAUCCUCUCUGUCUUGGUAAAUACUGAACUGUUUGCUUACGUAUCACUGAAGACUUUCAAAAUGAAACCCUAGUAUCACCGUACCCCUCUAUGUCUGCUUUGUGCGGGACCAGUUCUCGUUCUGAGACUUCUGACUUCAGCAUGAAUUGGGUUAAAAGAAGAAAAAGUAUGUGACUUCUGCUCAUGUGAAGUCCUUCAUAUAUAUUGUUUAUCACGUUUCAUUAUUUCUGUGCAGCAUUAGCAGCAGCCACACUUAAUAAAGUUAAUUAUUAUAUAGUCUCUAAGGUGAUUAGAGAAAGUGUUAUAUAGUUCCUAUUUAAUAUUAAAUAAUAAGCCCCAACUCACAUUCAUUGGUUUUGUUGGUUUAUUUUUUUAUUUUUCAGUAGAUGUCAAGGUUUUUGUAGAAGGCCAGUGUCGUAAUUUCCAUUUUACUGAAUGUCUUACCUGGGAGUCUGGGCUCAACCCAGGAACGGAAUCCAAAUUCCCUAAAUCCCAAUCCUCUCCAUCCACAAAGCUACACCACCUCUGUUUUGCUUUGAUUCAUGUUUGGCAGUGGUAUAUGUCUUGAAAUAAAUAGUAUUUGUGGAGUGCAUUAAAUAUUGAAAUCACCAUUUUAGCUGUAUGUUGCCUUCUAGUGGUUACGUGCAUUCCAGGUCUUCCUGUUCUGUUUAGGAAUUUUGCUACUGACCACAUGUGAGCUGGAUCUGGGGGGUGGGUUACUUACUGUCCAUCUGUGCAAGGUCACUGAGCUGCAAAAUACUGCUUUAAAGGAAUAGUGUUUAUGAGAUAUCAGUAAGUGCUGGUAAUGCGGUGUCACUUACUAAUCAGAAUGCGGUGUCAAAUAAACAUUAUGGUUAAAAUUUCAGCCUACUAGAAUUACUGUGCUAUUUAAUUUUAGCUCUGUUAUCUUAAGUCUGUCAUUUUUAAUUACAGUCUCUUUUUCAGAUUCCUUUGCAAAGUUUCCACCUUUAUUAUGUUGUAAAGUGAGAUUAUUGCUAUUAAAUUGCAGUGAUUUGUUUCUUUAA